AUAGUCAACACUCAACAACCCUAUUUAUAUAACAAGGGAUACAAAGGGGGCAUUUUGCAAAGUACCCCUUUUACUUCGUUUCCAAAAGGAGUCUUUGAUCAUCUCUCCCACAAAACAAGGUCGUCUCGUCUCCUAUAAAAGAAAAGAAAAAGAAAAAAAAAAAGAAUUUAGGGUUUUUGGGAGCUCAGUUUCCAAAGGAAGAUGAAGAAGAGGCAAGUGGUGGUCAAACAGAGAAAAAGCUCUUACACUACGACUUCUUCUUCAAGCAACAUCCGUUACGUUGAGUGCCAGAAGAAUCACGCUGCUAAUAUCGGCGGCUACGCAGUUGACGGUUGCCGGGAGUUUAUGGCAAGCGGCGGUGGUGAUGCUUUGACGUGUGCUGCUUGUGGCUGUCACCGGAAUUUUCACCGGAGAGAGGUUGAGACGGAGGUUGUUUGUGAGUAUUCUCCUCCCACUUAAUAAUGCAAAGAGCAACUAAUUAACGAACAGUGUUAGAGACGACGUUUAAUUAAGGAAGUAGUAGUCUAUUUGGAGUACAAUGAGCCGUAGAUAAUUUUGGGGACGGAUUCUGAAGACGUGCGUAAACCAUCAUUAACCUUCCCAAACCGCAAGAGUCCUCCAAGUAUAAAAUAAUUAUCACAUUUGAAUAAUACCAGUCUACAUUUGUAUGCUUAUGUUUUAAGCAGGAGACAUGUAUGCAUGUACAUAAUAUAUAUUUCUUAUUUGAAGGA